UUCUUCAACUCAGAUGCAGGUGAUGGAACAGCUCACGCGCUCCGGGAGGCGACUGGAGGUGAACGGUCUGCAGGUCUACGCGGAGCUCACCUGCAUGGACAUCGACCCGCCACGGGAGGGCGCUACAGACUCACUAUCUAAACAAGCUCCUCGGCAAGACCUCCUUGUUCUGGAUACAAACGUUCUGAUCAGUCACCUGGAUUACGUGAAGAAGAUCAAAGCCCACGGCCUUGGAGCCGUGGGCUUCCCCAUCGUGCUGAUCCCCUGGGUGGUCCUGCAGGAGCUGGACUCCCUGAAAAAGAGGCGGGGCACGUCGAGCUCCGUGGCCCGCCGGGCGCUUCUCAGCAUGUCAUACAUCAACGCGUGUCUGAAGAAGCGGGAGCCCAAGCUGUGGGGCCAGUCCAUGCAGCAGGACGUCGCCAUCAGCAGCCAAACGGCGACCUGCGACACGACGGCGGCCGCCGUCCGGCAAGCGAAGGAGCUCGUCAACGUUUUCAGGGAAAGGUCGCGACUCGUCCCCGGGGCCGUCUCCACGAUGGAGAACAUCGACAACGCGCUGCGGCCGCCGCCGCCGUGUGAAGCUCCAGCCCGUGACGUCGACAUGAACGAUACCGAAGAGGAGGAGCCGCCCCGGCCCCCGGCCCCCCACCAGGAGGUGUGGGCCCUGUUUGAGACCACGUGGGCCCGCCUGUCUCAGAGGAGCUUUGAGGUGUUCAGAGUUCUGGGCUUUGACCACGACGCCACGCAGAGGCCGGUGGGGGGGGGGGGCCUCCGCCGCCGCGGUCUGCCUGCACGAGCUGCGGUCCGUGGUCGCCCAGCUGCUCCGAGCCUUCAGCAGUUCGUUGACAUGGACUCCAGACUGACCACCACAGACCUUCUGGAUUGUUUCUCACGAGAAGACUACAGUCAUCCAAGGAACAAGAAGUUUCUGAGAAUUCCAAACGUGUCAAGAGGAACCACGCUGAAAAGAAGAGCUCUGCAGCAAAACAAGAAAAGUGUUCAUCCUCUCCUGUUAAAGAUCCUUCCCGAAGCACCCGCCACAUUAAAGGUGCUGCCGACCAACUGUUAAAAACACGAGACCCCAAACAACCGGUUUAUAAACCAGAAGAAUGUUCAGAACCAAAACGUGAACUUUCAGAUAAACAUAAGACUGUCAGGGGUAAGACUUUGAAAAAAGAAACCUCAAAACCCUCAAACAAUGCAGGGGCAGUCGCCCAGAGGACAGAGAAGACACCUAAAGGCGGCUCCGAUACAACAUCUGCCCACAGGCGCAAAUGCAAAUUUAAAAAACUGCGUGAGUUUGGAUUCUGCUGAACAGAAAGAACGGACGAGGAAGAGCAGCGCUGGGGAACCACCGAGGACUGAAGGUGAGGGAUGGACGUUGAAGACCAGAGGACCGAGCGCGGCCGCCUCCGCCUCUCAGGAUUCUGCAUCGGAGAAGAACAUCGAUUUGUUCAUGAAAAUGUGCCAAAGGCAUCGAGACGAGAAGGCCAAGCGGAGCCGGUGUACCGAGGCAACCUCUUCCUCUACCAUAGGGACUUCCUCCUCUUCCUCGACCACAGGGACUGCCUCCUCUUCCUCUACCAUAGGGACGGCCUCCUCUUCCUCUACCAUAGGGACUGCCUCCUCUUCCUCCAAGCAGGUCAGCAGCUCAGACGCUGUGAAGAAUGUGAGAACCAUCCCGGGGACCGUUUUUAAUUGGCAAAAUAAUGCAUUUAUCUAAAACAUUUCAAAAAAUCUAAUAAAAAAUGGUUGUACACUUCCAAUUCAUAGUAUGUCGACCUCAGUUAAUGUAGUAUGUGUGUGUACUUAACCACAAGAAGACAGGAGAACUCCCUCAGAGCUCAAGUUCAGGUGGAGGCGGAAAGUGGACUGUGUUCCGUCCUGUGCAGGCGGCGCGCUUUGCGGGGGCGCGCAGAGAGUGCAGCUGAGCACAGCGAGGCUAUCAUCCUACGUGGGUAGGGGAGGGGCCGCUCCUGUUAUUAUAUUUUCCAGCUUUUUUCAACUUUAGGUCUAAGCAGUUUAUUCAAAUCGUCCGCAGAUCGAACCUCAGUUAUAUCAACCUCAGUGUCAGGACUCGUAAUUGUAUCGUCUUGUUUUACCACAGAUAUGUCUUCAUCAAUUACAAAUUUGUUAAAAUCGUCCUCAGUUUCAAAUUCUAUAACAUCCGACUGAAUCAUUUUAAACCAUGUUCAUCUUAUAUAUUACGACUCAAAACUAGUAUUUACAGAAACUUGUUCAAAAAACACAAAAGCAAUUUACACGCUUAUAAAAACAUGAAACUCCCAGAGUGGCAUCCAGACACCUGUCCGGUCUUCGAACCCGGCACAGUAUCCAACCUCACAGAAGCAAUUUACACAUUCAUCAUUUUGAUCUGCUACGACCGGCAACGUCCAGAGC